AGUUUAUUUAGACUGUUUCAUAUAUGUAGCUGAAUCCUAUCCUCUACUGACGAAAAACUCCAAGGUUUUCCCUCUCCAUUGAAGAUAAUAAUAACUGGAGAGAGAGAGAGAAACUAAUUCAAUAUCCAAACAUGACCCCUUCUUCCCUCACCAGUGGUUGCCACACUAUUGGUUGGAAUUCAUCGACUUUGUUUUCUCCGCAUGAUUUUCUUCUUAAUUUCAAAUUCAAACACACUCUCUCUCCUCAUUUCAACCUCAAUUGCACCAAAUUUCCUCGAGCUUCUUCUGCUCCCACUGAUCCACUCUUGGUUAAGGCUGCGCGAGGACAUCCUGUUAGUCGACCCCCAGCAUGGAUGAUGCGCCAGGCAGGAAGGUAUAUGGCUGUUUACAGAAAGCUUGCAGAGAAAUACCCAUCCUUUAGAGAGAGAUCAGAGACAACUGAUCUCAUUGUGAAAAUUUCUUUGCAGCCUUGGGAAGCUUUUCGCCCUGAUGGGGUUAUAAUUUUUUCUGACAUUCUCACACCUCUUCCUGCUUUUGGGGUUCCUUUUGACAUAGAAGAAGUCAGAGGUCCUGUUAUCCAUUCUCCUAUCCGCGAUGAAAAUGCCUUGAAAGCAUUGCAUACAAUUGACUUGGAGAAACUUGAUUUUGUUGGCGAAUCUCUUAAAAUAUUGCGCCAUGAGGUUGGUGACAAGGCUGCAGUUCUGGGUUUUGUGGGUGCACCUUGGACUAUUGCAACAUACAUAGUGGAAGGGGGCACUACUCGCACGUACACCACAAUAAAGAGGAUGUGCCAUACUUCACCUCAUGUACUCGAGGCACUCUUGUCACACUUAACUGAGGCAAUUACUGAAUAUAUAGUUUACCAGAUUAAGUCUGGAGCUCAUUGUAUUCAAAUAUUUGAUUCAUGGGGUGGACAACUUCCACCUCAAAUGUGGGAACGCUGGUCUAAGCCUUAUAUUAAACAGAUAGUAGAUGCCGUGAGGAAAAGAUGCCCUGAAACGCCACUGGUUCUCUACAUCAAUGGAAAUGGUGGCCUGCUUGAAAGGAUGAAAGAUGUUGGAGUUGAUGUGAUUGGGCUGGACUGGACAGUAGACAUGGCUGAUGGAAGAUCACGAUUGGGUCCGGAAGUUAGUGUGCAGGGGAAUGUAGACCCUGCUUAUUUGUUUUCUCCUCUUCCAGCCUUGACUGAUGAAAUCCAUAGAGUCGUGAGAUGUGCAGGGCCGAGGGGUCACAUCUUAAAUCUUGGACAUGGUGUUCUUGUGGGAACACCAGAGGAAGCGGUUGCCCACUUCUUUGAAGUUGCCAAAAGCUUCAAGUUUGACGAGUUUUUUCCACAAGUAACAGAAGAGUCUAAGUUAGUAGUUUGAUUCAGUUUAGCAGGCAAUUUGUGUUAGGUAACCUGAUUUAUAGAGUACUAUGUUAAAUGAUAAUGUUUUCAGGCUGGAUAUUCCAUAUUCCGACCAAGUUCUUGUUUUUGUUCAUGUUAAUGCUAAGGAAAUCUAUUGUUUGUAGUUGAGUUUCUUCUGAAAAGAACUACUUCCUGGUAUCUUCUUCAAAUUGAGCCUUAGCUUUGCUUUAGUCAA